AUGUGCCCCAAGGGGCUGGAGGAGCCACAGCCUGGUAGUGAGACCCUGAGUGGUGUGGGGAGCCAGGACCCCUUGGAGAAGUCGUAUCUCCUCCCCAAGGAGGAGCUGGCUCGGACCUGGGAGGAGCUGCCGAGGUUCAAGGGCUCAUUGCAGCUGGAGGAGAAGAAAUGCUUGGAACUCCUCAAGUGCAGGAACACAGCGGAGAUGCCGGGACCGGGCAGGAGCUCGGGGCAGGUGGUGGGCGAUGACCUGAGAUACGCCUACGAUGCAGUGCAGGUUGCCAACAGGCUGCUGGUGAGCCAGCUGAGGGAGGAGAAGCAGCAGAACGAAGAGGAGGUCCAGGGGCUGCACCUCGACAUCUGCUCCCUGAAGCAGCUGAGCCAGCAGCAGGCAGCCCUGAGCCAGGAGCUGCAGGGCCAGGAGGGGCUGCAGUACCACGUGCUGCAGCUCGAGAAGCAGAACUGGUUGCUGCCAUGCUGGAGAGCGAGCCCAUCCAGGGCUUGUCCUCCCCCUGACCCCUGGCCAUCACUGCUCCUCCUCAGCCUCAGCCCCUGCCCACUCCCUGUCCGAGCUGCUGCAGUGCCUGGGCUCUUUCCACGCCACUCUGGACCGCCAUGGGCUGGCCCCCAGAGUGGGCCACCAGGCCCUGUGCCAGCUCCCCUUCCUCAUCAGUGGCACCACCCUCAACUGCCUGCUCCUGAGGAAGGACGCGUGCUCGUGGAGCUGUGGCAUCCAGCUCAGGUACAACACCAGCCAGGUGGAGCAGUGGCUGUGGGCGCAGGGGCUGCAGCAGAGCAGGAGCUCUGUGAGGAGCUGGAGCCCCUGGUCCAGGCUGCCCAGCUGCUGCAGGGGAAGAAGGUGACAGAGGAGGACGCCGGAGCUCUGUGCAGCCUCUGCACGGUGCUGACGCCCCAGCAGGUUGUGAAGCUCCUCCGGGCGUACACCCCAGCCGUGGGGCUUCAGCAGCAGCGUGGAGAGGUGGCUGCAGGACCAGUACAGUCCAGCUCCUGGUGGACACCAGCCACCUCUUCCCUGCUCGCCUGCCUUUCACUGCCUCCCCGCUGCACCUGGAUGAGCUCCACAUCCCUGAGACCCUCAGCCUGGCCUUCCUUGGCCACUGCUGAGCCUGGGGCUGCCCCUGGGCUGCUGCCAGUGCCCCAUUUCAAGGUGUCUGCACCCUCUGAAGUUUGGGAAGGCCGUGAGGGCAGGGGUUCAGCAUCUUUUGACUGUGAAGUUGUUUAUUUAUUGAAAUUUGUGUGCCUUGUUUGUGACACAGGCAGGGCCCCUGACAGUCCUGCACUGGGGGAGUUGGCCACGUUUUAAUCCUUUGGAGUUAAGAAAAGUCUUUGCAGGUAACUCUGGCAUUGAGGCUGUUUGCAGGGCGGUGGGAGGGAGCUCUUUUGGCCCCAGAGAAGGGGUGGGCAGCAGGCUUGGAACAGACUUACCUGCUUCCUGUGAAGACAGGGAGCAUUUAUUUGAAUGACCUGGCUUAGCUGAUGUCACACAGACUUUAACUCCUCAGCCUGUUCGGGUUAGGAGUGUUGGCAGGAGUCAUGGAGGAGCAGGAGCCUUUCUAGAGAGGUUUGGGCUCCUCUUGAGAAGGAGUCAGUAAUUGUACACUGCUCCCUGAACCACCCGUGCAGUUCCAGUUAAACACUGCCCCUCAGCCUCCUGUCUCAAGGAAUUCCUCUGAGGAAUUGCAGUAUCUCCUGAACACAAGCCUCCCCUUUCUCCAUAAACAGGAUCCAUUUCAGGAGUAGAUGAACCAAUCCCAUGAAAAUGCUGUGUCCUGGUCUUGAGUUACAAUGGCUUUGGGAACAUGAGGACUGGGAGGUGCAUGAAGGUGGUAGGAUGAAGUGGCAUGAGCAUCAGGGCUCAGAGGGACUUGAAUUUAAGUUCAAGAAUCCAACUGUUUUCCAUUCUGUGACUGAGGUGAGAUCUGGUGGUGGGAAGAUGGACCAGUAAUACCCAGUCCUGCUCUCUGGCAGUGGAAGCCAUUCACCCUUGUCCAAAGUCCCUCUCCAGCUCUCCUGGGGCCCCUCAAAGCACUGAAAGGAGCUCUGAGGUCUCCCUAGAGCCUUCUCCAGGCUUAAAGGAGUCUGGUUACACCCAGUCCGUUUUCCCACUCGAGGUGGGUUUGGGUUUUCCAGUGCCCAGCAUCACAUCCCAGAGCUCACAGACCAAGUGGCCACCAGGCUUGCUCAGAGCUUCACUUGGACUUCCUGAACAGGGUUUGAGGGCAACUCUCUCAUUAUCGUCCUGCUCACAGUGGGCAGCUGGUGCAUAAAUUAUUACAUUUUAAAAAUCCCCUUUUUGUCUUUACUCUUAAAUAUAUUGUAAUACAAAUACUAACUUGCCAUGACUUCAGCAGGCCAUAUUCUAAAAUAACUGAUUUUUAUGUACCUCAGGUCCUAAUUAGUUCAUAGAAUCAUGGUUGGAAAAGACUCAAGUCCAGCUCUCAACCCAUGUUCACCACUCAGCCACAUCCUCCAGUGCCCCAUCUUUGCAGUGUUUGAAUGCUUCCAGGGAUGUUGAUUCCACUCUGGCCCUGGGCACCAAGGCCUGACCCUGCUUUCAGUGAAGAAAUUUCCCUAAUAUCCAAUAUAAAUCUGUCCUGGUGCAACUUCAGGCCAUUUCCUCUCAUCCUGAAGCUCCCUGAAGCCUGGUACUGAGAGCCGGUGUGUCCAUCCCUGCGUUUCAGAGCCUUUUGGUUUUAUUGAGGUACAGAUCCCAAAAAUUAGUGCCUUUUACGGCUUGCAGGGAGCCCUCGGGGAUGGGAGUGAAGGGCAGCACUUGGUUUCAAACUCCCCAUGAUAUUUAUAUAGCUGCCAAAAGGCCCCCAGGGUCACGAUUCUGCCCUCCAAAAGGCUCCUGGAUCAAGGUCCAGUCAGGAAGAUCACUCAGCAUUUACCCUCCCAGCCUCAGCUGGGGGGAACUUGUUUAAAUUGUUGUUAAUUGACUCCUAUGAAGAUAAUGGCAAAUAGAAAUAAACCUUAAAAUAACUUCCUUCCACCUCUCCUUUCUCCUCAGGCUCAACUUCCCUCCCAAAUUCUCUACCUCCUCCCCCAGAGCUGUGUAGGGGGAUGGGCAAUGGAGCUUGUGGUCAGUUCAUCACCCCUUGUCCCUGCUGCUCCUUCCUCCUCCUUCUCUUCCCCCGCUGUAGUGUGGGGUU